AUGGACUCAUUCAAUCACGGAUUUCCCCAAAAAUGGAAUAGAAUCGAAUCGAAUCGAAUCGUGGUUGACUUGCCUCCAGUGGACAAGGAAUCUCAAUCGAAUCGUGGCGUACGCUGUACCAAUAAGCCACCGAGCUUUCUCACCAUCAAUCGACACCAUGACAAAAUAAUGUUGAACAGCUUUCGAACGUUACAGUCCAAUCUUCUCGAAGAAGAUGACUGGAACGAGGAACGAGAAGAACGGCGGAAUUUGUUGGACGGCAGUGCCUUGCAGCCUUGCAGCUUUGCAGCACAAGAACCAGAUCCCAAAGGGCCCAAAGGAACCCAAGGAUCCAAGAUCCUGCCCAAGCUUUUCCCACGCAUCUAUCUCAAUCAGAGAUCUGAUCAUUGA